GAAUGCUCUCUAUCAAGAAAUGGAGAGACGCGACGCCCUUCUUCUCAACGCUACGCUCAGCAAUGCGUCCCUAUUCCUGGCUAAUGACUUCGAUGACGCUUGGAUGAGUGGAUUUGUAAACGAAAACUUGACUCUAAACCACAAUGACACUUCGGGGUCAAGUGUACCUUCGGAAAGUGUUAAAGUCAGGGUCAUGAUUCAACCUGACUGGGAAGUCGUGGAAGGGACGUUCGAACACUUUAAGGACGAGAACUUCGAAGCACUUUUAAUCGCUGUCGGUGUUCCCUAUUUUGUGAGGAACAUGAUCAUCGGAACGACUCCUACAGUGCAGAUUGAACACUUUGAGAAAGGAGACGAUUACUAUUACGAUAUUGAAGGCGACUACAUAGCAGACGAGGACCAAGCUGGCGGCGACAUCCCAGAGCCCGGAUAUCAGCUGGUCAUCACGACGUCGACGUGGAUGCGAACAGCUGAGGAGAGGGUUUGUCCUGGAUACUCCUUCCUUAAGACGGAUUACGAUGGGUCUCCUUCCAAGAACACUUAUAAGUUCGUGGGUCCGAGAGUUUUAUUGCAUAGGAAGGAGAAGGAGAACAUGAACACGGAUAUUAUUCGCAAAUUCGAUGAAACCAUAUUCAGCAAAGAAGCUAAUAUGAUUGCGAAGAGACACUUCAAGCGCGUUUAGACCUAUAACAUUCCCUUAGUUUCUGCCCCU